AAACUGAAUGAAGAGGCCUUGGCCCACGCCACCAUGCAGUACAACAUCCAACUGUCUUCACUGAGAAGUGACAUCAGCACUGCCAACUCUGUCACAGAGAGAGAAAGAGCUGCCAAGGAAAAACUGGAGGCUGAGCUUGGAGGUAGUGGAGAUGUGGUAACUAGGAUAGAUAUAAUGAAUACCUUAAACAGCAACAGUGAGAGUGACAAAGCUGAUGAAAAGUUGCAGACAGAGAAAGAAAACUUCAGCCGAGAGCUGGACAAAAAGAAUGGUGAGAUUGCAGAAUUGAAAGAGAACAUUCAGCUGGUGAACCUUCGUCUGACAACUGCAGAUUCCAAGCUGAGCUCGCUGGAACAUGAGUUGCAUGUCUCAGCCACUUCUCUGGUGGAGAGAACAUCCAACCUCCAACAGCUUCAGCAGGAACUUGAGAGACUCAAGGCUUCUGCCAGUUCCCUGGAGCAGAAUUACAGGUUUGAAAAGGAUCUCAAUGUCAAGCUACAGGCCAAAGUUGACAGCCUUCAAGAGAAGUUGAGCCAGCACCAACAUGAGAAUCUUUCCUUACGUCAGCAAAUUGACAGUCUCCGCGUGAACACAGGAGGUCAGCCAGAUGCCAAUGAAAAACUGAACAACAUCCUCACCAGUCUACGAGCAGACAGUGACCGCGCCAAGGCCAGCCUUGAAGAAAAGAAUGGCCACCUGCUAGAACAGGUGGCCAGGCUGAAGGAGGAGGUCAGAGGGUCAGAGACACGCCGGGUCACAGUGGAACAAGAUUUGCGUAGACUGCAAGACGAACACAACGAGAUGGUGAAACAGUUGUCCCAGACCGAAGCGUCUCUGCAGAUUGCCCUUAAGACAAAGGAGCAGCUUGAGCAAGAAAGGACUCAGCUAAAAAUGGACCUGGAGAAGCUGCAGCACCGCUACCAGAUUACACAUGAUAAGUCUGUGGAAGCCCAAGCCAGACUGUCGGAGCUCGUGGACAGACUUGAGAAAGCUGAAAACAACUCAGUUUUCAGCCGGCAACAGUUGGUAGAUACGUCUGCUAACAUGCAAGGACUUGUUAGGUCAAAGUUUGAGCAGGAUGAGAGUCUGCAGCAGUUACAAAUUGACAACACAAAACUGGAAGCAGAACUACGGUUUGAAAAACAGAGGGCAGACAUGUUGUACCAAGAUCUGCAGGACUCACAGAAGGUACGUAGCAGCUUGGAAGCCCUGUGUUCCAACCUCAAGUCUACAUCUGCUCACUUAGAAGAAAGACUUGGGUCAGAAAAUGGAUUUGAAGAUGGUAGACUAGACAUAGCAGACCUGGAAAAAAGCAAACAGAGCUCGGAGUCUCGGCUUGUUGAGGAGAAGAACCGUGUCACCCUGGCAAAUGAAGAACGUAGAUCUCUGGAGAAUAGAUUGGAGGCUGAGAUGUCAAAGAAUCAACAAUUACAGAAAGAUGUCACUACUCUGAAAAUGCAUCUCAAGUCCACCAAAAAUAAAAUCAAAAUGGCUGGGGCAACAGCUCAGACAAGGUUUGCAGCAUCAGAAGGAGAUCUCAGGGCAGAACUGGAGGCCAAAUAUCGACAGGAACUCAACCGUAAGCUGGAGGAUGUCAACAGGUUUCUUGACUCACAGUCGCAGCUCCGAGACAGAUUAGAUACUUCUAGAACAGAAGUUGAAGUCCGCUUGAUGUACGACAAAAGAAAACUGGAGGAGGAGAUACACAGCCUGAAAGUGAAGUUUGAGCAAGCUGUGUCUCAGAGAGAGACACUGGAAAUGGAAGCAAACCGUUUCAGAGAACUUUAUGAGUCCGAGAUGAAAUGGAGAAUUAGGAUCAGUGACCAACUGCAGUUGGCAACAGAGAAGAGCUCCAAUCUCAAGUCAAAGUUAAACAACGAGCGAGUCCAUCGCAACCAUCUCACAGACAGCAUCGGCAACCUCAACAGUUCAAUCGUCAGUAACAACAACUUUGACCUCGGCAGGAUAAAUGGCUUCCAUGAUGAUGAGCUGAGCAGUAGGAUCAAAGCUGAACUAGACCGCAGCAUAGCAAAACAUCUGGAAGCUGCUCCUCAUGACUUCAGGCCAGUGCUGAGACCAGUGAAGGAGCCAGUUCGACUGACUUCAACUCUCACCCAGUCCACUCAGGAUUACAUUGACAUCCUCAAAAGGAAAUAUCAUGUUUAG